UGUUAGAAAAUGACAUCUUUUAGUACAAAUUUUACUUUUUUAAAUAUACAUUGUUAAAAAUGAAUUAAGUCCCCAUCUUAGUAUGAUAUCUUAGCUAGCUAGGAAUCUCUUAGCUUUAUCUUUAUUUUAACAUCUUUCUCUUACUCUCUCUCUCUCUCUUCACUUACCUAUUUCAAACAACUCCAUUCUUCACAACGCACAAGGGUUGGAGUAAAUGAUGGAAGUUCUCUUUCUUCUCUUGUUAACUCUCUUCUCAAUCCACAUGAUUGUCCCGCCCCCGGCCGCCGCCGCGGCCCACACCGACAGCAUCUACACGAGCUGCUCGCGGACGAGGUUCAACCCGGGGACGGUAUACGAGUCGAACGUCAACUCGGCGCUCACGUCGCUGGUCAACUCCGCCAACUCGGUCAACUUCAACAAGUUCAAGACCUCCCUCCCCGGGUCAACCGAGCCGGACGUCGUCUACAGCCUUUACCAGUGCCGCGGCGACCUCAGCGUCCCAGACUGCAGGACCUGCGUCGCCGCGGCUGUGAGCCGGCUCGGCUCACUCUGCCAAGACACCUCCGGGGGCUCUUUGCAGCUCGAGGGGUGUCUCGUCAGAUACGACAACGUGUCGUUCCUUGGGGCAGCGGAGGACGCGGUGUCCCUACAAAAGUGCGGGCCCACGGCCUCGUCCGGAGACGUGGUCACCGGACGAGAGGCCGUCCUGACGUAUCUAACUGAAGGAGGGCAGUACUUCAGGGUGGGAGGGUACGGGCGGGUGCAGGGUAUGGCGCAGUGCACGCAGGACGUGGACCCACAAAAAUGCCAAGAUUGUUUAAGGAAGGCGAUCGAUGGGCUGGGAAGCACGUGUGGGUCAGCCUCGUGGGGAUAUGUGUACUUGUCCAAGUGCUACGCGCGGUUCUCGGAGCGUGGGUUUUCGACAAAAAGCGGUAAGCCGCCGUUCCCUCGCCUUGCCCGGUGGUCGUCGUCGGCGUCGACCGUUUGUGGCUUUUUGUUUAUUUUAGGGUUUUUAUAACUGUGAUUAUAUUACGGAACAUUAGUAUUAUGUCACUUCGUACUUAAUGAAUUGAUUCCAUCCAU